UAUUCUAAGUUGUCAGUCUCAAUUUCCCUCGUUUAGCAAUUAGCACGCUUGUUUCGAUCUUUGUCAAUUGCAACAAGGGUCCCUGACCCGGAGUAAGGUUCAUCCAGUCACCGAAAUUUCUCUAGUUUUAUGCGUCAAGUAAACAUCUGUGAAAUGCUUCCCUCUCGUGCUCAUCAAUUACCAAAUAAUUACCCACCUCUUCUGGGUACAUAUCAUGAUGGUGGUCCAUAUCAUGGUGGAGAUCCCUAUUAUAGCCCUGCCCGGCCUGGCCCCGCUUCAAAUCUAAUACCUCUUCUGGGUCCAUAUCAUGGUGGAGAUCCCUAUUAUAUCCCUGCCCGGCCUGGCCCCACUUCAAGUCCAAUACCUCUUCUGGGUACAUAUCAUGAUUCAUAUCAUGGUGGUGGUCCAUAUCAUGGUGGAGAUCCCUAUUAUAACCCUGUCCUGCCUGACCCCACUUCAAGUCCAAUACCUCUUCUGGGUACAUAUCAUGGUCCAUAUCAUGGUGGAGAUCCCUAUUAUAGCCCUGCCCGGCCUGGCCCCACUUCAAGUCCAAUGCCAUAUCCUUUUCACCAAGGCCCCCCUUCAAGUCCAAUGGGGAUUACGAGCCCGCAUCUUGUGCACCAAGGUAGCCCUAACUUUGGAUGUCCUCCACAAGGAAGUGGAACGGGUGACUGGUCCAAUAAUAGUCCCAGCACUGGCCAAUGGGAUGGCAGCCCUAGUUCAGGAUGCUCUGAUGAUGGAAGCUAUGAUUAUGAUUAUGAUUAUGAUUAUGAUUAUGAUUCUGAUUAUGAUUAUGAUUAUGGUGAAGCAGGAUCCUUGUACAAGUCCAUGGUAGAGAACCCUUGGGAAUCCAUGACUCCUGUUAUUUGGCAGGGUGACAAGAAGAAUGAUGUCAAGAGUUAUGCAAAGAAACGAUAUUUUCGGAAAACUCCUGCUUUUAGUGCAAAAAGAGCCCGGCAUUCAAAUCCUUCAAAGAAAAGUGGCAGCCUUGCUCAGUACUUAGCUGAAUCUUUUGUUGAAGAUGCAGCCACUAUACUGUAAAUUGUAAUGCUUUAAAACUGGGGAAUCUGUUCUAAGCUGGUCUAUUGCUGGGUGUAGUUUUUAAUUUUUUAUUACUCAAGUUUAACUAGUAACGUACUACCUCCGUUCCACAAUACUUACAUUUCUCAUUUGGACUUUAUUUAUCAUAUCAAUCAACUUUGACGAUCUUUCUUUCACCAUUAUGUAAAAAAAAACCUAGUCAAUGAGAUUUCGUUAAAUUCGUAUCCAAAUAUCAUUUUUUUUUUAUAUAAUUUUUACUCAUACGCAUUAAGAGAUAUUAAUGUCUAAACAAGUGUGUUGGAAUACGUGCAAAAAGAAAUGGUGCAUAUAUUGUGGAAUGGAGGUAGUAUGUUUCAUUUGGGUCCUUUAUUUGUUUAGUAACCUUAUGUGAUCUGUGGGUUGCUGAAUGCUGAAUGCUGAAUGCUGAAUGCUGAAUGCUGAUGAGAGAUUAACAAGUGUUAAUUCCCACUUAAGGUUUGUAAUGAGAAAUCUCAUUGCUUCCAAGGUUUCAGUUAAGUCCCUUUCUUGUGGGUGUUUAGUCUUUAAGGUAAUGUGGGCUCUGUUCAGAUUGCAAUCUGGCCAUGAAUUCUAUGUAUUCCACCUCUCCAUCGUAUCCCGAGCUGUACUUUAAGUUCCAUGACAAAGCGGUUUUGUUAUGUUUUUACAGGGUUCAGUCAGUCUUGCUGCUAUUCAACAACCAAGCUUCCCACUUCCCAGGGGUAGGGAUUACUUAUACGAGCUCGUUUUAGUCGUUUCUGGUAUGUGUGGGUUAUAAACGGCAACCACCAACUGCCUGCUCUUGCAUAGUGCAACAGCUUUCUCAACAAAGGAAUCAACUUUCAACUGCAUAAGUUGAAGUUGGAGGUCUGACAAGAUAUUCCAUUUGUUCUUCAGUAAAGUUACUUGCUGAUGUAUAUUGCAGAAUGUUUUAUUAGACUCUGAAGCCAUGGUUAUAGUAUCUCUACCGCGAAUUGCACUCCCUUCGAGAAUGUUUCCGUCCUUUUCUAAUACAAGCACUAGCUCAGACUUGACAUCUCUCCCAUGAAAUGUUGCUGCUGGUAUAGUAGUUUCAGAAGGUUGCAGCGCGGCAAUAACUGAACCAGAGAGAAGGUUAGACAAGGGCUCUAUCAGCUAGGAAAGUAGCACAAAACCGAAUGCAAAUUACACUAACUUCUAAUUUGAUGACAUUCCAUUCUCUUUCUUAGGAUCAGUAGUUGUCAGAGUACUGAUCACUAUUUGCUUCAUAUAUUCAACUUGAUCAUUCUUGCUGCAUACUUGUUGUUUUACCUUCAUUGAGAUUCCUUCAUAAACAAUUGAAUUAUGGAGUCUAGUUUUAACUAUAUGUAAAU